AUGCCAUUGCCGUCAGUGCCCGCGAGGGCCCUGGCCCAAACCAUUGCCGCAAAGCAGCGCACCAGCACCAUUUUCAACGAUGCGGCUCCCGCACGUCGUCCUAGUGCAUGCGGCACAGAUCAGCAAACGCAGCACUUUGUCAGAAACCUGCGAGCGCAUACUCCCCGUUCUCCCUCGAUAACCCGUUCCUCCUCAAGCCUCUCCUCACAGACACGUGAGCGCGUUCAGCGAAACUACAUGAAUUCAACGAGCAGCUCGCGCCGCCGCAGCAAGAAUGCAGGAUUUGGAGACGACGGCUUCGGAGCUGAACACUCUCAACAGACGACCGCGCCGUCCAAUUAUUUUUCUCCGUCUGCUUCCCGGCUGCGCAGCCAGAGCCCGUGCAGGACUGCAGUUGCGCCUGUUACCUCAUCCGCAUUGCAUGCCACAACACGAGCUGGUGCUGUGCGGCAGGGCCCCCCUUUACCACGGAGUCGAGCCCCUUCAGUUCCUAGAAACCUGCAGCUGCAGCAACCACCAUCUUCCCUUGCAAGCGGUGGCCUCCGCCAACAUGGAAAAUCUUUGGCUGGUAGUUCGGCCUACUCCUGGCAGCUUGAGAAGGGAUCAAGUAGUUUCGUGCAGAGGCCGCGGCACCAGCCGAGGUCCCUGCUGCAGCAGCAGCAGACAGUGGAGGAAAGCUUGAGCAGCAGCUGGACCGUUCGAGACCCGCUUACGAGCGCUGGGAACGCACAUGCUGAUUUGGUAGGUGCUGAUGAUGAGUCUAUACAGCUUGAUGCAUCAGAUCAACGAGAGUUGUCACAGUUAACAGCUUCCUUUGGGAGGACAGGACUUCUCGGCUGCUACGCAGCGACCUCUCAAGACCAGGCCCUAGCAGAUACCGCCAGCUUGCCAUCUGCUGGUGCGGCUGCGGCUCCACCGCCAGGCAGCAACGAAAGCCAGCCGCAAUUCUCAGGGCUUCCCAUCGGCCCCAUCGAAUCUCUCAACACGUUAAAGUGUCAUCAACACAUGCAGGGGGCCCCAAGCUUCCCUGUCCAAGCAUGUGAUCAACACCAGCAGCAACAGAAAAUGCAGGCGGAACACAUGCAGCAGGAACCUCAGAACCAGCAGCAUCACCAGCGGCAGCAGCAGCCGCAACAGCAACCGCAACAGCAACAGGCGAUGCUACGACCUUGGCCCUAUCCUCCACAGCCUCAGGAGCCGAGCAGUGAUGGCAUUUCAACUCUUGUUAUGGGGAGGCUGCGAGGUGUGAGUUCGGCCCCUCAGAGUGAUAAGAAGCCCGGCGUUGCCCUUUCUGCCUUUGGGAUGAUAUCGACGCCCCCAGGGUGUAGGGCUUCUUAUGAGGGUUUAUGGAAGUUGGUGGGUACUUUGAAGUUUUGCUUGCGGUUCGUCGUGGUGCUGAUUGUCUGUCUUUUUCGUCUGCUCAACACUUCAUACGACUCGUGGAGUGCUACCCAGUUCAGAAAAGCUUUUGAGGAAAUUUUGGCAGGCCCCGCUAGCAGAGAAGGCAGCGCAGACGCCGAAAACUUCCAGGGCGUGUUGGGACGCAGUAGUGUAGCCUCCAUAGCUAACAGCCAGCAGCAACGACAGCAGCUACAGCGGCCGCGCCAGCAACAGCAACUGAACCUCCCGUCCCUUUCUAGCAGAAACCCAGCUAAUGCGCGUUCGACUGUGGGGGCGUUGCAUCAAUGUGAGUCAGACACAGGCAGGGACACACGGAAGAAAGGGUUUGACUUCGCGUCGACAUGCAAGAAAGCGGAGAGUAAUGACUUGGGGAUUCACCGUCGUGCUUUGAAGGUAUUAUCUUUGGUCAUGGCAGUUGUCUCUCUACUGUUUUGGCUGUUCAUUUCAACUGCGCCGAAGGAAGAGUUUGUAGACUUUGAUUUCAUGUGA